AUGAAGGCAUACCCAGUCGGCAACCUCAACCUGCCGGUGACAUUCGGCAGCAGGACCAACUACCGCACCGAGACACUCACGUUCGAGGUGGUAGAUUGGAAGGGGCCAUACCACGCCACCCUCGGGUGCCCCACGUACGCCAACUUCAUGGUGGUGCCCAACUACACCUACCUCAAGCUCAAGUUGCCAAGUCCGAACAGAGUCAUCACCAUGAGUGGCUCCUUCAAGCAGGCCUACGCCAGCAGUCCAGAGCACUUCGACCUCGCCACCACGGCCGCGAACUCGGUGGAGCUCAGCCAGCUUCGCGCCACCACCGCCGAGUGUCGUCCUGACCCUGGCAAGCCGAGCCAGGCACCGACUUUCAUCUCGAUCGAGGAGACUAAGUCGGUCAUGUUCGACGACGCCGACCUAUCCAGGGCGGUGCGGGUCGGCUCCCAGCUGUCAGCCAAAUAG